UAUAUAUAUAUAUAUAUAUAUAUAUCGAUCAUCUCCGCAGUCUGCUUCUCUGGAUAGUAGCAUAAUUGAAGAAGCAAGAAGGUUUUGGCACAUGAUUGUGACUCAAGUAAGAACAACACCUGUUUAGGAUGCAGCCUGCUGUUAAUGAUAAACGUGGUACACCGAAUUUCCCAGGAAGGCCUACUGCUUCAUCCUUCCCUGUUGCUUCUCAGGCUACAAUGCCGUUUCAGCCUUCUCAGCCUGUGAUUGGGGUAGAGAACUCUUCUUACAUAUCUGGCCCACUGGUUAGAUUUAAUAGUCCGGUUAUGCCUCCUCCCCCAGCGCAACACAAUCCUUCAGUUCAACCCAGUCUUCCUCAGCAAGGCUUACCAUUUGUUGGUCAACAAGUUCGGCCUCCACCCUUCCCAGGGCCACACAAUCCUUCGAUUCAACCCAGUAAUCCUCAGCAAGGCUUACCAUUUGUUGGUCAACACAUUCGGCCUCCACUCUUCCCAGGGCAACACAAUCCUUCAAUUCAACCCAGUAAUCCUCAGCAAGGCUUACCAUUUGUUGGUCAACAAGUCCGGCCUCCACCCUUCCCAGGGCAACACAAUCCUUCAAUUCAACCCAGUAAUCCUCAGCAAGGCUUACCAUUUGUUGGUCAACAAGUUCGGCCUCCACCCUUUCCAGGGAAAGACAAUCCUUCGAUUCAUCCCAGCAAUCCUCAGCAAGGCUUACCAUUUGUUGGUCAACAAGUCCGGCCUCCACCCUUCUCCUCCCCACCGCAACACAAUCCUAAAGUUCAACCCAGUAAUCCUCACCAAGGCUUACCAUUUGUUGGUCAACAAGUCCCACCUCCACCCUUCCGUCCACAAUCUCAAAUCUCUCAAGUGGCGCCAGUACAUCGUAGUGUAAAUCCUCCACUAUCACAAGGGGAUGCUCCCCAAUCUCCAUCACAGUCCUCAUUUUAUUCACUUAAUCCACCUGUGCAAACAGUUUCACAGGGGUAUCCAUAUAUUAGCCAAGCUAAUACUGUCCCUCCAGUACCAUCAGUGCAGUCUUACCCCUUUCCUUCUCAACAAGGAGGUCAUAGACCAGCUCCAUCCCAAGCUUCUUCCAUGGGAAUGCAUUAUAUAGGACAUAUGCAACAUUCUUCUGCAGGACCUCCUGUUGGUGCUGUUCAGGACUUGGUUGAGGAUUUCAGCUCACUCUCUGUUGGAUCUUUUCCAGGAUCAAAUGACCCCGGCAUUGAUUCAAAAAUGUUGCCAAGGCCACUGGAUGAUGCUGAUACGGAGGGAAAGUCUUCUACGGAGUUUUAUCCCUUCAAUUGCCAUCCUAGAUAUCUACGACUUACAACAAAUGCAAUACCAAAUGCUCAAUCACUGCUUUCGAGGUGGCAUUUGCCUCUUGGAGCAGUGGUCCAUCCUCUUGCAGAAUCUGCUGAUGAGGAAGAAGUGCCUACAGUUUACCUUGGACCAAUUGGAAUUGUUCGUUGUAGAAAGUGCCGUACAUAUGUGAAUCCUUAUGUUCAGUUUUCUGAAGGAGGAAGAAAUUGGCGUUGCAACAUCUGUAAUUUGCUUAAUGAUGUCCCUGCGGAAUAUUUUUCCCCUUUGGAUGCAAAUGGAAAAAGAGUUGAUGCAGAACAUCGGGCUGAGCUUUCAAAGGGAACUGUUGACUUUAUUGCUCCAACAGAAUAUAUGGUGCGACCUCCAAUGCCGCCAACAUACUUUUUCCUCAUUGAUGUAUCAAUCUCUGCAGUUAAAAGUGGCAUGAUUGAGAUUGUGGCGGAGACCAUCAAGUCUUGUUUGGAUGAGCUGCCUGGUUUCCCUAGAACACGGAUUGGGUUCAUAACUUUCGACAGCGCAUUACAUUUUUAUAAUAUGAAGUCAUCUUUGACACAACCUCAAAUGAUGGUGGUGUCAGAUUUGGAUGAUAUAUUUUUGCCAUUGCCAGAUGAGCUCGUUGUCAACUUGUCCGAAUCACGAACCGUGGUGGAUGCAUUCCUAGACAGCUUGCCAUGCAUGUUUCAAGACAAUUUGAAUGUCGAAUCUGCUUUUGGGCCUGCUCUGAAAGCGGCGGCCAUGGUUAUGAGUCAACUCGGGGGCAAAUUGUUAGUCUUUCAAACUGCAUUACCAUCUCUUGGUGUUGGCCGCCUAAGGUUACGCGGAGAUGAUACUCGUAUUUAUGGAACUGAGAAAGAACAGGAAUUAAGAAAACCAGAAGAUACUUUUUUUAGGAAAAUGGCUGCAGAUCUCACCCAGUCACAGAUAGGAGUAAACGUGUAUACUUUCAGUGACAAGUACAUUGAUAUAGCUUCCCUAGGAACUCUAGCGAAGUAUACCGGUGGUCAAGUAUAUCACUAUCCAAGUUUCACCUGGGCCCUUCACAAAGAAAAAGUGAGGCAUGAGCUUUUACGGGACCUUACAAGGGAAACUGCAUGGGAAGCUAUGCUGCGGAUACGAUGUGGAAAAGGGGUGCGGUUUACAAGUUAUCAAGGGCACUUUAUGUUAAGGUCUUCAAAUUUAUUGGCGCUUCCCGCAGUUGACUGUGAUAAAGCCUUCACAAUGCAAUUGGCUUUGGAAGAAACCUUACUUACAGCUCAGACAGUUUACUUCCAAGUUGCUCUACUAUAUACUACAUCAUCUGGCGAGAGGCGAAUCAGGGUCCAUACAGCAGCGGUGCCUGUGGUGUCAGAUCUUGGUGAGAUGUACCGCCGAGCUGAUAUCGGUGCCACUAUGUCUUUGCUUAGCAGGCUUGCUAUCGAAACAUCUUUAUCUAAUAAGUUGGAAGAGGCUUGCCGUUCCGUCCAACAGAGAAUUGUUAAAGCCUUAAGGGAGUACCGAAAUCUCUACUCAGUUCAACAUCGCGUGGGAGGCAGGAUGAUAUAUCCGGAUUCUUUGAAAUUCUUGCCUCUGUAUGGAUUAACACUAUGUAGAUCAUUAGCUCUUCGUGGUGUAAAUUUUGAUUCUCAGCUAGAUGACCGCUGCGCAGCUGGUUACACCAUAAUGACGUUACCUAUUAAGAAGCUAUUGAAGUUUCUCUAUCCUAGCUUAAUUAGGAUUGACGAGUAUAUUUUGAAGGCAUCGGCUAAUAGUGAUGGUUCCAGAAACCAUUUCAAAAUGUUUCCCCUAUCAGUGGAGAGUUUAGAUCCAAGUGGCCUCUAUAUAUAUGAUGAUGGGUUUCGCUUCGUUAUUUGGUUUGGUAGUAGGCUUUCUUCUGAUUUGGUUACCAAAUUAGUUGGAGUAGAUUUUUCUACUCUCACUGAUCUCUCAAAGGUUAGCCUAUGUGAGCAUGAUAAUGAUGCAUCGAAAAAUCUGAUGGGAAUAAUUAAGAGAUUUAGGGUUGCCAGCUCAUCCUCGUAUCAGUUGUGUCAUCUUGUAAGACAAGGUGAACAACCAAGAGAAGGUUCUUUGCUACUUGCUAACCUUGUUGAAGACCGAAUAUCUGGAUCUAGCGGUUAUGUUGAGUGGAUUCAGCAAAUACACCAGCAAGUCCAGCAAAAUUUAUAAUAUACAUGUUAGAAAGGCCAGUAUCCAUACUCCAUACUGUAAAUGUUUCAGAAGUAAUAUCAUAGCUUUAAAAGUUAUAUCCCAAGUUUAUGGGUUAUUUUAGAAUAGUCAUCAUAACAUCAUUAUGUCAAGCAGAAAUAGCAGCGGCCCUUAGAUAUUAUAGCUGUUAGUGAAGGUGCUCCUUCAGCUCUCUGUUUUAGUUUGUUCGCAUUUGUUGGCUUUUGCUUUUUGUUUUUGGUCUUUUGAUGAACUCAGUCGCUGAAUUUAUACAGCAAUUUUGUAAAGUAUAUUCAUCUACAAUGAGUUGAUAACCUGAACUCUUGGUAUCCCUAUUAUAAGGUUAACAAAGAAAAACGACAAACUUAUAGUUUGUUCAUUUUG